UGUUAUAGAUACAGAUCAUAUACGUAUAUAUAUGUAUAUAUAUACUUCGUAUGAAAUUAUGAUUGUAAUGAACUUGUUCGACAUGCUUUUAGAUUUUUUAUGUUAGAUGUUCUUGUUAAUGAUUCAAUAGAGAAGAGGAAUGCAUGAAGAAGAAGAUGGAUUGGAGAGAGAAGUAGGACUAUGAUGUGAAAAGACUGAAAUACCCCAAGCAUUGUACGUAAGGGGUUUAAUGGCUAAAACUAACAAAAGUUAGUGCGAAGGACUACUGACAACAAGGGACUGUUUGUAAAAAAAAAAAGCGCAGGGAACAAUUUAAUAAUAUGAAGAACCACAUGACCAUUUAUGACAUUUUCUAUAUCAAAUAAAAGUCAAAAUGAAAUCGUUAGUUUUUAAGUAGGUACAACUAGUUUGUUUCAUUUCUAAGCAAAUUUGUAGGGUGUAUCUACCGCAUGAAACAACAUGUAUGUGGCAAAACCAAGGUUUUUCUUGUUGGGGAGAACACAAUGUACUCCUUGAGAUAUCUUAUAUAUAAUCUGAAAACUAUUUAUUGUGACAUUCAUAAAUAAAACACACAAACCAAAUACAAGGAUAUAUAUAUAUAUAUAAACAAUAAAAAAAUAACAGUAAGUGGUUGAAAUGGCAAAAGAAAAUGUGAAGCUUUUGAGUAUGUGGGCUAGUCCCUUUUGUAUGAGAGUGAAGGUUGCAUUGGCAGAGAAAGGUAUUUCUUAUGAAGAGAUAUUAGAGAAUGAUAUCAUGAAUGGAAAGACUGAGUUAUUGCUCAAAUCGAACCCGGUGCAUAAACAAGUUCCUGUCCUCUUGCACGACGAUAAGCCCAUUAUCGAGUCCACUAACAUUGUCACCUACAUCGAUGACUUUUGGGCUGCUAAACCCUUGUUGCCCCCUUGUGCAUACGAGAAAUCACGAGCCAGGUUUUGGGCCGACUACAUUGACCGCAAGGUUCAUCCAGCUGGUCGUGCUAUUUGGAGCGCAAAUGGAGAUAAAGUAGUAACUGCCAAGAAAGACUUCCUUGAUAUCUUGAUGUACUUAGACGGAACUUUGGGUGACAAAGAUUACUUUAAUGGUGACACUUUUGGGUUUGUCGACAUAUUGCUCAUAGGAUUAACCUCAUGGUUUCCUGCUUACGAGAAGUAUGGGGACUUCAAGGUGGCAGCAUGGAUCACACGAUCAUGGGCGAGAGAAACCGUUUCUGAAUCCUUAACUAGCCCUGAAAAGAUAACUAACUUUGUUGGAAUGAUGAGGAAAAUGUAUGGUCUGGAAUAAAUCAACACUAUCUGCUAGUGAAUUCUUGUUUUAUAUAAUAUCUUGUGAGAAUAAGAAUGAUUAAUGCUGCAUUUGAGAUAGAUGGUAGAGAAUAAAAAUGAGUAAAAAUAAAGUUAGUUUUCAAGUUCUGUUUGAAAACAGUACUAAUGCUGUCUUUGAGGGAGAAAUGAGUCGAUUUAUGUUUGUACUUUAUGUCUAUUGUCAUGUUAGA